UCUUCAACGCCUCUUUUUCAAAUUCAAUUCAGUAUUUGUUGAAAUAAUACAAAACAAUAGAGGCAUAUGUGGGGAGCCUGCGGACAAAGCUAGAAAGGUAGACCCAGAAGUGAAGGAACUGCCCAUCCAUGGCCAACCCCACCCAUCGGCUUGAUGUACUGUGAAAGAGAAGAGAGUGGACUAGAAUUACUGCUGCCAACUGUCAUGGAGGAAACUCAGCCCAAACCUGCAACCCCGGAGCCCAGCCCUGUACACACUCCAGCACCAAGUCCAGCACCCAGUCCAGCACCCAGCCCACUCUUGGACAGGAUUGCAUUGCCCUCACCAAACAAUGUGGAGCACUUGAGUGUGAAUCAGAUCCAGGUGGUGGUACGGAGAUGCUCCAGUCCAAAUGUCACAGAGGAGACCACAUAUUUUCUCCCUCGAAACCCUGUUGUGGAUGCUGGCACCAACACGGACCCCCCUGUCGUCUGCUGCCCCUUGCUCCACAGAUUUUGCCCAUGUCCACCAAGAGGCCUUCUGGCCUCUCUCAUUACAAAAGUCCUUUUGGCAGCUGUGCUCUUUGGAGUGGUGUGGUCCAUCACAGAGAAAGAAUGUCUUCCGGGGGGAAACUUGUUUGGCAUCACAAUCCUCUUCAUCUGUUCGCUCAUCGGUGGGAAAGUGGUGGCUCUCAUCCGUCUGCCAAAACUUCCCCCGUUCCCCCCACUCCUGGGUAUGCUGCUGAUGGGUUUCCUGCUGAGGAACAUCCCAGUCAUAACAGAUGGGGUGUACAUUGACUUCAGGUGGUCUGCGUCCCUGAGGAACGUCGCUCUGGCUGUUAUACUGGCCAGAGCUGGUUUAGGGUUGGAUCCCACGGCUCUGAAGAAACUGAAAUCCGUCUGUGCACGUGUGGCAGCCGGGCCCUGCAUCAUAGAGGCAUGCAGCGUAGCGCUGGUCUCUCACUUCCUCAUGGGCUUGCCCUGGGUCUGGGGAUUCAUCCUCGGUUUUGUGCUGGGCGCUGUGUCUCCGGCCGUGGUGGUUCCCUCCAUGCUGCAGCUGCAGAAGGAUGGUUACGGCGUGGAGCAGGGCAUCCCCACCCUGCUGAUGGCGGCGGGGAGCUUCGACGACAUUCUUGCCAUCACGGGGUUCACCACAUGCUUGGGCAUGGCCUUUGCCACAGGCUCCACUUGGUACAACCUCAUGAGAGGUGUAAUGGAGGUGGCUGGUGGGAUGGUUGCUGGGAUUAUUCUUGGCUUCCUCAUUCAGUACUUUCCCAGUGUUGACCAGAAACAUUUAGUAAUGAAGCGAUCCUUCUUAGUGCUGGGCCUGUCUGUCUUUGCCGUGUUUGGCAGUGCAGUGGUCGGGUUCCCUGGCUCUGGAGGCCUCUGCACCCUGGUGCUUGCAUUCCUGGCUGGCCUCGGCUGGGGUGGAGGAAAGGCUCGUGUGGAAGAAGUGGUAGGGUGGGCGUGGGACGUUUUUCAGCCUCUACUCUUCGGAUUGAUAGGAGCCGAGAUCAGACUCUCUGAGUUGGAGGCACAUACAGUUGGUCUUGGUAUAGCCUCUCUGCUCAUCGCCCUGCUGAUUCGUAUCCUGUUCACUUUUGUCUGUGUUCUGUGUGCGGGCUUUACCAUGAAGGAAAAAGUGUUCAUCGCUCUGGCGUGGAUGCCCAAAGCCACAGUACAGGCAGCUAUAGGCUCCACAGCUCUGGACACUGCCAGGACCAGGAACGACCCGCAGCUGCAGAAGUACGGCAUGGAUGUGCUAACUGUGGCUGUGCUGGCCAUCCUUCUCACAGCUCCAAUAGGAGCUCUUAUCAUAGGGCUCGCUGGACCCCGCCUGCUACAAAGACCAAAGAACUCAUCCUGUGGCACAGCAGCAGGAGCCGAAGAUGAAAAUGAAAGUCCCGUCACCUAUGAGAGUACGCUUUGACGUCACCUGUCUUCAUACAGCAAACAUUUUUAAAAGACUUCAGGUGUGCUUUCACACCUCAGACAUUUGAGUUUUUUCUUUAGCCACCAAGUGGCUCUCUUUGUCUCUUUUUGUAAGUCAGCUCUUAAUGUUUGCCAUGCUGCAGGAACACAUGAAUCACUGUAUUUAUAGCAAGUUUUGCUUUCAGACCUCAGGCUCCAAACAAAUGACCCACAUCCCACAGCUGCACUGUCAAAUGAAUGUUUAAUCUAAUAAUGAGUGUGCAGCAUGAUUAGAGGUUACUUUUUUGUAAAGGUGAAUGGUUUUAUUACAUUGUUGGAAACAAUAUGCUUUGUCUGAACAAAAAGGUGGAAUCGGUGUAGCAAUGCUUCCUUGAUUUAAAUUAGACUACAAAGUUGUCACAUGCUUCAUUUUUAGGUGUUUGCUCUCAGUUCAAAAUAACUGCUUUGUGUUUGUGUUGUUUCUUUUGCGUUUCUUUUGAUUAUGUAUGUAUUAGCGGUGUGUCUUGGUGAUGAGAAGGGUACAUGUAGUUUACAAAGACUCAGGGUUGGUUCUUAAAGGAGCAAUAUGUAACUCUGACACGUAGGGUUUAAAAUGAGUGCUGCAAUCCAAAUUCAAAAUGUUGGAGAGAGAGAGAGAGAGCGCUCUCUCCCCCCUCUAGCCAAUAAGCACGCAGGUUGCCACAACCCUGACCCGGAAGCUUCAGUGUUUAGCCAGCUCUGCACUGGUCUUCUGCAUCUCUUGCCUCUCUCCAUUGGGAAAAAAAAAAAAAAAAA